UCAGAAAUUUUAUCUCUCUCUCUCUCUCUCUCUCUCUCUCUCUCUCUCUCUCUCUCUCUAAAGUGAGAUUUAAAAAAAAAAAGAAAAAAAUGGAAGAAGAAUCGUCGUGUUCGCGAAAUAUGGAGGAGGUAUUGGGUGCGGCGCAGCAGUUGAUGCAGCUGAGCAACGAGGACGACAGUAGUAGCAAUGUCGUCACAGCGGAGAAGAAGAAGAAUAAUAAGAAGCGCGGCGGCGGCGACGGCGGCGAGGAGGAGGUUGAUCAGAAGAGAUGCCAAAUCGAAGCCUCAAUUUGGUCUAAAAUUGAAGAGAUUUUCGGGAAAGAAGAAGAAGAAUUAGAAGAAGACCGUAAUUCGAUUUGUCGGCCCAAGAAGAGACGAUCGCGAUUUCGAUCCAUUCAAAGUAUUUACAUGACCACCAAGCCCAUCAUUAAUGCAAGAUUCUCCGGCAACAGAAUCAUCCCCACUUUAACGCCCUCAUAAUUCUAAAAUAAAUAUUGUAGCUUCGAAUUUUCACUCUCGUUUUUUUCUUAGAAUAGUUUAUUGGAAAGGAAAAAAAAAAGAGUGUUCUUGGCUGAGUUUGUGUAUUUGCUUCCUGCUGCUUUCAUAUGGAUGGCCAUUGGAAAGUUUAGACAAGAGAUGCAAAUUGUUAUUAAUUGAAUG